UCGUUUGGGGCGUGGACAACCAUGUGGUCUCUCUCAUAUAGAUGUGUGAGCCCUCACGCCACUUCCCUUAGUUCCCUCUGAUGAAGCAGCAUGCACUGCGAAACGUUAGGGAGUCUUAGAUCAUAUUGAGUAAACUGCUCUCCUAUUUAAGUUUUUUUAAAAGUUUUUUAAUUCUUUUUUUAACUUUUUUAUCUAAAUAAAAGUGAGUUUUUAACACGCCGUCUUAUGGAGGUUUUUAACCUUUAGUUACCUUUCACACUGAGUGGAUUUUUAUUCAACCACAUUGUGGAUUAUGCGUUUAACCUUGGAUUGGACAUUUACCUGAGGACAUUGAAACCCCCUUAUGCCUCUGGGAGCGUUUUUUUUCUGCUCCAGAAACCAGAUGGACAGGAACGGGACCUGGAAGCACACCGACAGCCGGACAAUGAGCCACAGGGAAGUGAGGCCUACAGACCUGAGGCCUAAGAAGCAGAGACUCCACGUCACCAGGCCCAGGACAAACCACAUGGCGCAAUCCUUCCACAACAAGGCUAAAGGUAGGACCUCCAAUAUGGACGGUGGGGCUCACUAUGGGGAGACUGUUGCUCAAUGUGACCUAGGCCACAGAGAGGAAAAUCCAGAGGGCUCACACAAUAACACUUACACCCACAACUCCUUACCUGAGGAGAGAGGUAGAGUUAAAAGACAAACUAAGAUAAAACAGGUGCUAGAUCCUAAUACAAGAGACCUGGCUAAAAAGUAUUUUAAACUCAUCCAAGCCAUUCAUCAUAAAAACAUUACUGACCGGGCCAUAUCUACCGGCACUCCUCCCGCAGGCAUGAUGAGGCAGGUCAGAAAGCUGUCCGGGUUCAUCAAACCAGCAAGUCCUACAGAGGAAGUUAAAAACAAAAUCACCACUAACACCAACAAGUGGAUGGAGGAAAACCUGGUUAUUUUACGGGAUCACUACGCUAACAUCAUUUCUCAAUAUAGCCUAAUAAAUAGAAACAAUAUUGCACUUCAAGUGGCAGUAAACUGGGCUGAAAAACGGUACAGGGGCAGGCUUGCUCCCACUACAGCCACGACAGUUGAGCGGGUACUGGCCGCAGCAGCAACAGCAGUGCAGAACCCAGAUCCUCAUUACACUCCUCCUUCUGUCUUAUUGUCAAACCAGCCUUUGCUUUCCAACAGAGAUUCAGAAGAGGAACCACCAACAGUCUCCAAGCCACUGGACGUAAAGAGCAGGGAACAAUUUCCACCGCUACCCAGGCCCAGUAGGAAUUUACAAACUCUCUGUCUGGGCAAUAGGCCCACUCUGCAGCAGCAGGUGAUGGCAGCUCCACAAACUCAAAUCCAGAACCAGCCACAAGCUGAAUCAGCCACCACAAGCACGGACACACGGUCUAACCAGACCCACUAUGUGCUGCAACAAACCUCCAAACUGACCAGGAGGAAUUUCAAGUCUCAUAAUAGCUCAGCUUUAAAGACUCUCUCCCCUUUAAAGGUGCUGGAGUCUGCUCCCUGCUCUCGACUUCCUCCUCGUCAUCACCGUCCUCCUCCACUUGCUGCCUCCUCCCCUUCGCCUGUCACCAACCUUUCUCCACAGGGCCCUGAUCAGGACCAGUUUUCAAUAUCCCAGCUGACCCUUCACUUUUCAUUAGACUCUCCUCCGGCACCGAGUGUAAUUAAUGAUCCUUCCUUUACAGAACAGACGCCAUACCACCCCAUUAAGUCCAGUGUCUGUGAUCCCGGAGGGGAAAUUUACCAACCACAGGCAACGAAUCGUAAACAGGGCUUACAGGUCACUCAGCCGUGCCAUCCGCCCCCCUGCCAGGGAGCCAGCCGCCCAGACACCUUGAUCGGUCCAGGCUAAAAUUAAAAAACAAAGAGGUGGGAGGAAAAAGGACGAGAAAAUGGAAAAACAUCCAAGUUGAACAAA